CCUAGAUAAGCAUUAGGUUUGUCCCGUGCAUUAGACAGAAGUUGGGUAGGAUGAGGGGAAGGCUCAGCCGUCUAUCAGGCUUUCUUGUCUUACAGAUCACUGGUAAUUGUUGAAGUCCUUAUUCCUAUACCCUAUCACUCAGUUCUUUGUUCAGAAAUUCAGAUCAGAGUUUGUAUGCUCACCAAAGAGAAUGAUAUCAGAGCAGCUGUUCACUAAGAGGUAGUACCUAAGUGUCCUCAUCGAUGAGAAUGAGACCGAAAGAGAUGCUGUCAAGGGAAUGUUGAUGAAAGGAUUCUGUUCUCGGCGAUGUGCUAUCAUGACCAUCAUUGUCAAGGCGACUAAGCAACGAGUCAGCGACGAUGUGUAAAUGAGAUGUGAAACUCAUCACAGCAAACAAGGACCUCACCCUAACAAUCUUAGACAACGUGCGCUGUGGGAUCCAUCAUUCACAUGAUGGCAAACACUCUUCUUUUUUGUCUCUUGCAGUCUUUCAUGGCCGUGCUUUCUCAGCUGCUGCUCAAUGUGUCAAAUUACUCAGUCAGUAAGAAGAGUGUCGUCCGACGUCUCUGGUCGACCCUGCCUUGUUCUGGGCUCUGGGAAGCCUGCAGCUGGGCUUACGAUAAAUUGGCGUGUCCUCGAGACAGGGCUACGAUCCCGCUGGGGAAAAAUCCCUUAUCGGGCCCAGAGGAUAAUUUGAAGGUCGCGACAGUGGUCUUCCUGAUUGGAGGUCCGGGCUCUGGAAAGAGUACUAUUGCAACCAGGCUGGCUGCCGACCUGGGCCUUGUCCAUCUGAAUCCCGAGGAGAUCAUUAGUCGUCUAGAGGUCGCCGGCCCCGAGGACGAGUGGCUUGUAGUGAAACACACUAUGGACGAGAACGGGACUGUUCCGGACGAUAUACUCAGCCUUCUUUUGAAGAUAGAAAUAUCCAAGCAUCUAAACGCACACCAGAGUGUGUUUCUGAUCGAGGCCUUUCCCAGGUCAUAUGCGCAGUUCAUGGAAUUCACCAAUAUCUGUGACUACGGCCUUACUAUCAGCCUUGACGUAUCCUCUGCCACGUUGAUGAGGCGCUUUUUGUUAGAGACUCAGUCAUUCUCGGCGAGAGUGGCACAAAUGGAGGAUUUCCUUAAACGCGAAGACGCUUUUGCUGGAGCAGAACUUGCACUCUAUCCACACGCCAAUUUCACGGAUGGUCUUGUCAAGAGAAAGCUCACCAGUCCUGAAACGACUCUCUGGGUCAAAGAACUGGGCAUGGAAAUGGUGUCCCCGGUAGAUCACUUUGAGUCUUAG